AUGAGCGGUGCCGGAGACGAUCGAUGGCGUGGUGGUCGCGGCUAUGAUCCCAAUCGCCCAGCGGGUCAGCGACAUCACAGCGCAGGCUUUCGGGACCGAUCAAUGGGUGGCCAUCAGCAGGAUCGCCAUGGUCAGCGAGGACAAGGCAAUAUCAUGAAUGCAGGCAAUGCCUGGGGCGGACCCGCACAAGAACCUCAUAUCCCCGUCCGGGGCUUCAACGGGGCCGAGCUGAAAGAUGCUCUCAGAAAAGGGUAUGAGCCAGCUGGUCCAGGUGAACCCCAGCCUAUGGCCUACAAAUCUAAUGGAAAGGAUGCGAACAACAUUCGAUCCAGUGGACCUUGGGCAUCAAAGCCAAAUACCAUGGUAAACGGCAAAGACUUCUUCCUUGAGCUUCGAAAGCAGAUAUCCGGCCUUCAGCAAAGCGGAAACGUCCCUGGUGGCUAAAUCUGCUUAUCCCGUUUGGUGGAAUAAGGCGCGACUGGGGUGCAGCACUGUAUGUGGCCUACAUCGACAAUCAUGUUUCCGGUUAUAUCGGUGCGCUCUGUGCAGAAUGUAGCAUAGCGUUAUAUUUGCACUCUUCGAUGCUUCAUGCUGUGGGAGCGUCGAGUAGAAAGCAAUACAAGUAAAUACUCUCAAUUUUCC